AUGGCUCCUAGACAAUCAAAAACAGCUAAAAGGAAUAAAACUCAAAAUAAAACUAGAGAAAAUGAAUCAGAAGUAUAUUCAGACUCAUAUGCAAGAAACUUACUAGCGGAUCAACCAAAACUCACACCAAAAUCAAAAGUUAAAAAACCAUCUAAAUUACAAGUUAAAAAACAACAAGCUAAAAUAAGGCUAUAUGGAGCUAAAAAUGGAAAAGAAUAUAAAGAAGAACAAUUGAAUAUUCCUGAAUUGAAUAGGGCGAUAGUGCCUGGUGUUAAAGCUAAACGAGGUAAAAAAGGUAAAAAAUUUGUUGCUGAUAAUGAUUCAUUGACUAUGAAUAGACUAGUGAAGAGUAUAAAUGAUAAAUAUGAUCAAGUGAAUGAAAGUAAGUUGGAGAAAUCAAGAAGAUUAGAGGAAAUACGAGAUUUAAAGAGGCAAGAAAUCGAGAGAAAAGAACAACAAAAGAAGGACAAAUUAGAUGGUAAGAAAGAUGAAUUAAGAAGUAAAGCAUCAGUUGCCAGAGCAAGUAGGAGGAAGAAUGCUAAAGCAGCAAGAAAAGCAGAAGAUGAGGUAGAUGAUUCUUCAAAACAUAAGAAAAAGAAAGUAGCGUUUGUUUAA